AUGCGUGCCGGUUACGUCUUGGUUCCUAUUACCGCCGCCAUCGGCGCGAUGGCAUCUCAGCCCUCCGAUUCCUGGGUUUUCGGAGACAGUCUAUUUUAUCUCGGCCCUCCCUCUGGAAAUGCUCAUAUUACCAAGGCCACAUACUCUAUUCUGCCCCCGGCAACCCCACUUAAUGCGACCCUUUCGGCCUCGGACGAGCCCUGGGUCUCUGUCUGGGUUGGUACUUCAUCUACUGCCGGCAGUAUGGAUGCCAACUUGUACCAGCCACUUUUCAACUGGGCUGGAAACCAGGAAUCCAGUGGUUGCUCCGCUGGUGCCAAGGAGUGGUGUGUGGCUGCUUCCACUUACACUCCCGAUGGGCAAGUUGGCUCAAACUAUGUGAGAGUCCCGACAAAGACCUUAGUGGAUUUCGAAAUCGCCGUCGUGGAUGACAACGUGGUUCAGACUGUCACCAUCCAAGGCAAGGUUGUCUCUAAGCGAAGCGAUGCUCUCGAUGCCUCCCUUCGGUACCUCUACUCUAGCAACGAGUGCUACACCGGUGGUGGUAGCUGUGGAGAACUCAAUGGAUACAAGAUCCACAACCUGGCCGUCACCCUGAGUGAGGCCGACACCGACUUUGCCAGCGACAUGAGCCUUGACGGUGUCUCUGAUGCUGGCUUCAAGAGCACCGAUGGUGGUAUUACCUGGGAAAGUGAUUAUGUCCAGGUUAAAGCUAUUGAUUUUGAUUCUUCUGCCGACACCGAACUCAACGACUGA